AUGAGCCAAGACCACAUCGCACUUGCACGCACCCCAGCCAACCUAUCGAGACUAGCAGCAAACCAAAACCAGAAGCAGAUCACCAAGGUAUUCACUACCACCUAUCUCAGAGCAGACAGCACCGCGCACAGCGACCUCCUCAAAUGGCUGCUCUCAACAGACAAACAGCAGACCACUACCACUGACAAAAAAACCACCACCAGCAGCAGCCCAAUCCUCAGGCAGGGCCAGCCGAUAAAGCGGAUCAAGCUCGAUGCCAGGGACGAAGACAGAUCGCCGGCUAUCAUCCUCGCCGCUGCAUUCGGACAUGCCGAGGAAGUCAGCGUCAUCGUAGACGGGCUGACCGACCAAGUCGUCAACAGGAGAGAUGCUGGUCAGUCGUACACCAGACAAGAACCCUUGCUAAAGGAGCUGACAGAGCCACACACCCAGCUGCACCUUGAAGAACUGGUGAACAGGAUCUACGUGUUUAUCAUCCAAGCGGCGGCUGGAAAAGCUGAUCAACUUGACCAUCCUCGACUUUGA